AUGGCUCUUAGAAAUUUUUUAAGAAUUGGAAGGCAAUCAAAACUAAUUUUUUACAACAGAGCAUUUCAAAAUAUUUCUCCUAUAGAAACUGUAUCUAGAUUGGGAGGAAUACAAUCAUGUUAUUUCAGUCAAGAAUCUCAAGCUACAAAAGAUGUUGAAAAUGAUUUUCAUUCAAUUAUUAAAGACACAGAAAAAACUACCGGGGAUAAAAAUACACAUGAGUUCAAAGCAGAAACAAAAAUGUUGUUAGAUAUUGUAGCAAAGUCUUUAUAUUCCGAUAAAGAAGUUUUUAUUAGAGAAUUAAUAUCGAAUGCAAGUGAUGCAUUAGAAAAGUUAAGGUACACAUCACUUUCUGAAGGAAAAUCUUUUGACACACCAUUAGAAAUUCAUAUCGGUACAGAUAAACAAAAUCGUAUUAUAACAAUUCAGGAUACAGGUAUAGGAAUGACCAAAGAAGAAUUAGUAUCAAAUUUAGGUACCAUAGCAAGAUCAGGAUCUAAGUCUUUUAUAGAAAAAUUAAAAGAAAAAGGACCAUCAACAUCAUCUGAUGUGUCAUCAAUAAUUGGACAAUUUGGUGUAGGUUUUUACAGCAGUUUUAUGGUCGCAGAAAAAGUCGAAGUUUAUACCAAAUCUCAUAAGGAAAAUUCUGUAGGAUACAAAUGGUCUACUGAUGGGAGUGGAACAUAUGAUAUUCAAGAAGCGGAAGGCGUACAAGAAGGUACAAAAAUAAUAAUUCACCUCAAAAUCGAUUGCAGAGAAUUUUCCGAUGAAAAUACAGUCAAGAAUGUCAUACAGAAAUAUAGCAACUUUGUCGGAAGUCCAAUAUUUGUUAAUGGAAAACAAGUCAACACGAUACAACCUCUUUGGUUGAAAGAUGCCAAAGAGGUUACAAAAGAACAACAUGAUGAAUUUUUCAGAUAUAUUGGAAACACAUACGAUCGUCCAAGAUUUACGUUACAUUAUAAAACGGAUUCACCCAUGAUGAUUCGAGCUCUUUUAUAUUUUCCAGAUGGUAAACCUGGAUUAUUUGAAUUGUCUCGAGAUGCAGAUUUAGGAGUUUCUCUCUAUACUAAAAAAGUUUUAAUAAAAAGUAGAGCGGAAAAUAUUUUACCAAAAUGGCUUAGAUUUGUUAAAGGAGUUGUCGAUUCCGAGGAUAUACCUUUAAAUUUAAGUCGAGAACUUUUACAAAAUAGCGCUCUUAUUGCCAAACUCAGGUACAUUUUAACGACGAAAGUGUUGAAAUUUUUGCAAGAGAAACUCGUCAAAGAACCGGAAGAAUAUGAAAAAUUUCAUCAGGAUUAUGGUUUAUUUAUAAAAGAAGGAAUCGUCACAACGCAUGAUGUUUUAGAAAAAGAAGAAAUAGCUAAACUGUUAAAAUUUGAAUUUUCCACGAGUCCUCCGGGUGUAAAAAAAACACUGACGGAAUACGUUGAAAAUAUAAAAGACAACAGGAAAGAUAUUUAUUAUUUGGCAGCACCCAGCAGAGAAUUGGCAGAAUCUUCGCCAUAUUUUGAAAGUUUAAAAAAGCAAAACAUCGACGUUUUAUUUUGUUACGAACCUUACGACGAAUUAGUUUUCAUGCAUUUGAGAGAAUUUGGAAAAUGUAGAUUAGUGUCAUUGGAAAAAGAAAUGAGGGAUGAUAAGAGUUCGGAUGCGACGGAUUUAGGUUCGGACAUAAUAAAAGGAGAGAUUGAUAAUUUGAAAAAUUGGUUGAAAAGCACACUUGCUGGUAAAAUACAUUCUGUUAAAACGACAAAUCGUUUACAAGCUCAUCCGUGUGUGGUAACAGUCGAAGAAAUGGCAUCAGCACGUCAAUUUCUCAGGCAGCAAGCAACAGCAAUAUCAGAAGAAAGCAAAUAUGCAUUAUUAAAACCACAAUUGGAAAUCAAUCCAAAGCAUCCAAUAAUAAAAAAAUUAUGCAAAUUAAAAAAUUCUAAUCCGAAAUUGGCGGAUUUGGUGGCAAAACAAUUGUUUAGCAAUGCAAUGGUAUCAGCCGGAUUGUUGGAAGAUCCUAGAAUAAUAUUAACGGACAUGAACGAAUUAUUAACUCAAGCUUUGGAAAUUCAUUAA